GCUGCUGUCAAAAUAGUGGAAAGAAAAUUUUAUCACAGUUUUUCAGCUACACGAAGUCGAUUCCAAUAUUUACAAUUUAUUUUGCCAAAAAUCAUUGGAAAAUCUUCAAAAUUUCGUCAACCUGUUAGCAAAAGUGUUGACGCAGCAAAGGAGUGCGUGUUCCAUCGGGAGACCGAUUCCCAUCGGUCGCACCAUUUGGUUUCUCCCCAAGUGGAAGUUUCGUCCGUCGAGCCAGCAAACGAUGAUUGACAACAAAAGCUCAGCCCGUCGUCGCAGCAGCCCCAUCGUCAUCGUCGUCAGCUAAUUAAGGUGCGUUGCAAGGCAGCCAGUAGGUAAAUUCGUCUUCAUUGGUAUUCUGCUCACUGGCGCGACUCGGAAACUCGAAAGUACCGCCGCCGCCGUGAUGAGUUCGAGCAGUAGCAGCGAUGCCGGUUCGUCCUUCUGGAAGAACAAUUCCGGUAGGAUACCGGGCAGACCGACGGCCGCCUCCAGGAUGGGCGGCCCAGCAGCAGCAGCAGGGGGUGUGGUCCGCGGUGGUGCCAUUCCGGGUGGGGCCAGCUCGAGCAACUCGUUCCAGGACUAUCAGGAAUCGGUGAGCGAUGCGUGGGAUCUGGGGGAUGAUGAAUUUUGUAUCAUCUCCGGUACGGUUGAUCCGGCGGCCCGGAUAUCAAAGAAGGUGUCCCAUUCGGCAGCGCUGAAUGUGAUCAAGACACAUCGUAGUGGGAGCAGUGGGGAUCGGGCAGGACGAUUGACGACCGAGGUCAGUGUGCACCGGGGAAGUGUAGGGGGUGCUGCAAGUACGGUGACUGGAACGAUGACCGUCGUAGAGAGCUUGGAUGGUUUGAAGAUCGAUAGAACUGUGACGGAAAAGGCUUUGACGCAACACCAGCCGAAAUACGAAGCGAUAAAUCAUGUCAACGAGAAUCGUUACAGACAAAGAUUUCACGCCUACCCAGGCCGUCCACAGCUACUGAAACUGUCGUCCAAUGUGGCCUCCAAGGAUGUCGAGUGCGAAUCCAAGUACGAAAAGUUCACCAACAUCCUGGAGGCACCGCUUUUGAAUCUGAUCGCCCUCAAAGAACUCAGCUGGUCCGGAAUCCCCCGGAGGAUGCGAGCCGUCACGUGGCGCCUCCUUUCCGGAUAUCUGCCGACCAGCCUGGAACGGAGAAACACCGUUCUGGAGCGGAAACGAGCCGACUACAAAAAGCUCGUCCAGCAGUACUUCCACGUGGACAGCCGGGACGAGAUCCAGCAGGACACCUAUCGCCAGAUUCACAUCGAUGUGCCUCGGAUGAAUCCGCACGUUUCGCUGUUCCAGCAGAAACUGGUACAGGAGAUGUUCGAGCGAAUUCUGUUCAUCUGGGCCAUCCGACAUCCGGCGUCCGGAUACGUACAGGGAAUCAACGAUCUGGUGACGCCGUUCUUCAUCGUAUUCCUGCAGGAAUCCGUGGGGGCCGAGAAAGAUCUGGAACAGUGCCAAUUGGGCGAUUUGUCGCUCGAACAGCGGGACAUCAUUGAAUCCGAUUCGUUUUGGUGUUUAUCAAAGUUUCUGGACUGCAUCCAGGACAACUACAUCUUUGCCCAGCUCGGCAUCCAAGAGAAGGUGAACCAACUGAAGGAACUCAUUCAGCGAAUUGACGGAACCCUCCACCGGCACCUGCAAUCGCACGGCGUCGACUAUCUGCAGUUUUCGUUCCGCUGGAUGAACAAUCUGCUAACCCGCGAACUGCCACUGUACUGCACGAUCCGCCUGUGGGACACCUAUCUGGCCGAGUCGGAUGGUUUUGCCGUGUUCCAGCUGUACGUGUGUGCGGCCUUUUUGCUGCAUUGGCGUGAACAGCUACUACAGGAGAAGGACUUUCAGGGUCUGAUGCUGCUGCUGCAAAACCUGCCGACCCACAGCUGGAUGGACUCGCAUAUUGGCGUCCUGGUGGCAGAAGCGUUCCGACUCAAGUUCACCUACGCCGACACGCCCAAGCACCUGGAGGGCAAAAGUUGACAGCACCACAGCGAGCGCAAUUACAACUACUGUAAAAACUAUCUCUAUAAGUUUAUUUAGAUUGCGGGGGACGUUCGUUGCGUGAGCCGCCGGUUCCGUUUACGUUGGAAUUUGUUUCUUUCAGAAGGUUACAUUACUCACAUUGAUUGUGAUUUACUUAUUUUGUUUUGUUUGGCUAGUUCGCACGUUCGGAUGAGGGAAGGGAUGUUAGGAUCGUGAAGUUAGGACAAGUGGGAAACGUAGUUGAGAAAGUAUCAUAGACCAACACAACUCGUUAGAUAUCUAUGAAAUACACAGUAUAACAACUAAAUCAAAUAUUUCGAUUUUCAAUCGUAAAAAAAAACAAACAGUGGGAAAACAAUGAUACAUAUUCAAGAGAGUUAAGAAGGGAAAGAAAUCAGAAUGAACUGAAAGAAAUACCAAGUAAAGUGGACUAGAUUUGUCGACUCGUGAACAAGGAGGCAUGAAACUACCCAAGGUUAUCAAAUUUUGAAUCGAUUCAAUGUAGGUUACAAUUUUACGUUUAUUUUAUCACUCGGAAUGAAAAAAAAAAAUAUUGAAAAGUGAGAAGAGCAUAGGAUACGAUACAAAAAAUGCAAAUCAUUUUCUAGAUUUACGUAGAGUUUUUAUAAGAACAGAAGAAAUAUGUUAAAAUCGAUAACAAGUCGCCGAAUAUUAUUAGAAAAACAAGCAAAACAUCAGGAAACAUAAAACAACCAACAUAUGGAAACUGGAAUACAAUUAAGAGGACGUUUAAUUGAUAAUUGAAUAUAAUUAUUGGAAUCGUACGAUAAAUAAAGAAAAAGAAGAUCAUCUGUACACUUAUAGGUAAUCAAUAAACAAUAUUAUAGAAAAUGGUA